AUGGCGAUCCGACAAUUCUGGUGGUUCUGGCGCCGAAAAGCCUUCCCGACUGCUGAACAGCGAGAGCAGAGGACGAGGAAACGGUGCAAUUCCAUCCAUUCGACGUCCUGGUGCGUCCUGGCUGCCUUACUUGUGAUGGUGCUGGGACGGCUGCCCGGCUUCGGUGAAGGAUAAGACAGCCCCGCCACCGUCAUGGAAGAAGGUACGUGUGUGCAACAAACCCAUACGCAGAGGGAGGGGAAGAGGAAUCAUCUAACAGUGACUGAUGUUGGUGGAUGUGUGUGGGUGCAGGCGAGGGCGAUGGUGGCGGUGGUGGUCGGUCUGCCCUGCGUGGCAGUGGCACUUAUGGUCUCCCGAUCUACGGGUCAACCAUCCUUUGUUCGACACUCACCGCACACACAGCGAAGAUAUCUCUCUCCCCUCUGUGUUGUCUGGUGCAGGCAUGUGCUGAUGGCGGCGUUAGUAAAGUUCAAGAAGACUUCAAUCGCAUAUCGAUGCUGUUUGAGAGGAUUCAGUCGAAGGUCACGACAUGACAUUGACAUUGACACGCAGGCAGACAGACAGGCAGGCAGGCACCGCACCGCACCCUUCAUGUGUGCGUUGGUUUGUUGGUGCAGUGGUCGGCUGAUCCCUCUCGGGCGGCGCAGGAGCUGCUGCACGGCCGAACUGAUGUACAGGUGAGCGUGUGGACGGAUGGCUUACACUGGUCGCCUUGGGGGGCCUAUGUGCCUGUUUGUGUGUGCAGUGUGAGUUGUCGGCCGUGGCGAGCAGUCUGUCGCGCAUAGACGCCCUGUUAGACACACCUGCAGAGGUACACAGACACACACAUGUGAGCAGAGGGAGGUACCUGGUGAGACCUAGCAGCGGCGGUGCGGUGUGGUGUGGUACCAGGAUAAGUUGGUUGGUGCUGGAGGGGCGGUGGACAUAGCUGAGGCCAGUGAGGCACAUGACACUUCCACACCGGUACGCACACACACUUGCACGAGGAGCCAUGGCAUAUGUGUCUGUGUGCUGUGUGUUCGUGUGGUGCGGUAUGCCACCAGGUGGGUGUCGGUGGACCGAUGGACGUAGGCGACACCAAUGAGGGACUUGACGCAUCAAAUUCGGUAGGCAAAUGGCGACGGCAACACAAGGCUGUAUGUCGACAGCCAUGGGUCCUCUCUCCCUGUGUAUGUCUGUGUGUGUGCAGGUAUGUGUGUCGGAGGUCAAGCGGGCCCGAUUGGAGGGUCACUCAGGCCAUCAUGCCGCUGCAGCAGCAGCGAGUCGCGGUGGGUGGCGACAAAGCACAUCAACCACACCCAUACCAAUCGGACGCACCCCAAUGCCCUCUCUGCCUGUCUGUGUGUGUGUUGUGCAGGUGGUGUGUCGGGCGGCCCCGAGCUAGAUGGGCAAACCCAAGACCACCAGCAGCAGCAGCAACAGCAGCAGGUCAGCCAGAUGACACACGUGGGCCUGACGCCCAUUGACGCCCUCAUACUCUCUCUGUGUGUGUGUGUGUGUGUGUCAGGUUGUGUGUGGGCCGUGUUUGUGUAGCCUUGAGGGCCCGUUGCUGUGCGAGAUGGCUUCGUUUCUCACCACCAUUGAGGCCACCGUCCUCUGCCGUCUCUGUAAGGACAUCAGCAGCAAGGCCGACUACACCGCCAACACACACACCACCGAGGGCAAGACCGACGACACGCCAUUCGGCAUCUACCGCAACCUCACGAUCGCAAAGGACGAGCGCCUCACUUGGCAGCGGCUUGACUGGGCCCCAUGCUCGCAUCUGAGGGAAAAACUGGUGAGGGCGUCUUGUCAUGUAAACAAAGCCAGAGUGCGGAUGAUGGAUCCUUUGUCUUUCUGCCUGCCUGUCUGGUCACUCAGGGCCACGUCACGACAGCCUGCAUCCGAGACAGGGACGAUGCCACUAUAUGCGUCAAUGGCGGCCGACUCUCCUUUGUGACGACUUGCCUCGAGGCGUCCAAGGCAUCCCUCAAACACAUCUGCACCACGGGUUUCAUCGACCGUGAACACGCCCCGCUGCCCCCACGACCCGCAGUGGCCUUUGACAAGCUCACGACGCUGCACGUGACGUCUUCGCCGUGGAUCAGACACUUCAGGUGAGUGAAAUAGCAAUACAAGGCAGGUCCAUAGAUGUCAUAUUCUUUGCCCGCCCCUGGUGCUGUGGGUUUCAGGGAGUCCAACUGGACGUUCCCGAGCCUCGUCGAUUUACGGGUCACCGACACGACGCAUACAGAGCUCCGAGACGUCGCCCACAUCGUGCGGUCGGCCCCCCAGCUGCGCACACUCACAGCGGCCAGCAGCUGGGACAAGAUCGGGGGCAAGGGCAGCGACUUGUGUGAGUUCGCCAGUGCCCUCAAGCAGUGCCCUCACCUGACGACCAUCCGCGGGCUGGCCAUCGAGAACAGCAACACGCACAGCAACCACUGCAGCCACCUGACUGAUUUGCAGGAGGCCCUCGACACCCACUGGGGCAAAGAGGAGAACGGAGGUAGGUGGAUGGGCUCGGAUGGGCAGGCAGAUAUCACAUGUGUUGCCUUGUCUGCUCUCGAUGUCUGUUGCAUCCCUGCCUCCCUGUAAUGUAGGCGUCAAGAGGACCAUCGAGUUUGUGUACGACCACCCCACCAUCAGCACCAGCUUCGGCGACGAGACCCGCCCCCUCCACGCCUUCCUCACAUGGGCGCGGCGGGUUGGUGUGGCCAUCGAGUGGCGGCUGGGCGAGGUCUUCUUCCUGGACUGCAGCAAGGGUGCAUCGAGCUCGGUCGGCCCUCCGGCUGUGCGUGGCCCCGUGGCAGACGUGGUCAAGGACGCGGCGUCCAAAGCAAAGAUAGUAAGUCGGAGGAAGCGAGUGACUGUGGCCCUCUUCCACCGUCCAUCUAUCUAUCGUGUUGUCCACGCCAUGGCUGCCUGUGUGCCUCAGGUGUACUUGUAUUUGGGUGGUACCCCUCUCCACCACUCGUGGAAGGACCUGCUGACAUUUGCCGAUGCAGGCAUCCUCGAGAUCUGGGAGGACGCCAAUGGAUCGGCGACGAUCGAGGGCAUCCCCAUAUGGCUGCUGGAGGUCGAUGACAACGGCAACAACGUGCGCUUCCCCAAGGUAGACUACCUCAACGUCUCACUGGCUCAUGUGGGCGAUGAUGAUGCCCGACCUGAAGAGGCGUGGCAUUUGCCGACCGCCCCCAACUCACUCACUAGACUGCUAGGCAGCCUGCGGGGGGUCACAUCAGUCGAGUUCACCACGUCUAGUUUGUCUGCCGUGUGUGAGUGCCUGCCGCCCAUGAGCACCGACAAACUGGACGUGUUGGAGGUCUGUGUGGCCGCCCACUUGACUGAACUGCCUGACCCCAUCCCCCAGUACCCACUGCCGACUGUGCACCGCCUUGUCGUCCCGACACGUUGGGGGGCUGCAGUGAGCAAGGCAGCUGCGUUGUCGUGUAUGCGUUUGGCCUUACUCACUCACGCACACGAGGCAGAAUUUGAGUUUUACAUAGCGUCAGACCAGUUUGACUUCCACCGAGACUAUGGGGAGCUAGAAGGAGGGGAUGAGGCGGAGGAUGAUGAGGAUGAGGAUGCUGUGUGGGAGCGAGAGAGGGAGCUGCGCCAGGCCACGGAGCAGCAUGGCAAGGGGUGCAUGCGCGCCUUGGCCACUGAGUGCUAUGAGGUAGUCAAGGGAGGAUACCAGCUGACAGACGUAGACGUCGGCUGUCACGUGGAGCACAACGAGACCACGAUGCAGCUGAUGUCCUAUGGCCAUUUGCAGCUAAAGGUGUUAGCUAAGGGGGCCAUAGCCGGGGGGGAGGACAGAGGGGUCAUGACCGACUGACUCUGCUGACUUGUACAGACUCUGCUGACUUGUACAGACUCACUCUCGUGGAUGUGGCUGCCUGUGGAUGAGUAGCGGUACAUCGUUUUGAUGCAUGAGUGCCUGCGAUGUCCUCGAGUUUCAGUGGUUGCUCGGUUGCAAUGAAGGGACUGUGUCACACUCGUGUGCACUUGAUUGUUUGUUGAAG